AUGCUCACUACUUCUUUCCAUGAUCCGGAGGGUGGAUUCUACAAUAACCCUCGGUACACCUCGUUUGUGCAGCAUAGAGGAUCGAUUCCGCUUUCGUGGUCUCAAGAGACUGCGCCAAACAUCCGAAUGACGAAGCCCCCAAUCGAGAUCAACGUCUUCGACCCUUUCUAUUCAGCAUCCGCACUCCAUUUUGAUAAUCUGUUCAAACGGUACGGGGCACCAGUGCAGAUUCUCAAUUUGAUCAAACAACGAGAAAAGACAGCGAGAGAGACAAAACUACUGCGCGCUUUUGAAGAUUGCAUAGAGUACCUGAACCAGUUUCUUCCUGAAAAGAAAAAAAUCGACUACACGGCCUGGGAUAUGUCCAGAGCGUCGAAAAAUCGCGGUCAGGACGUUAUCGAGUGGCUCGAAAAUUACAGUGCAAAAACCCUAGAAACUACAGGUUUCUUCCACAACGGGAAAACGCUCGCACAGACUAAAUUACAGCAAGGCAUAUGCCGUACUAAUUGCAUUGAUUGCCUUGACAGAACUAAUACAGCGCAAUUCGUGAUUGGCAAAAGAGCGCUUGGUCACCAGUUGCAUGCCUUGGGGCUUAUAAAGGAAAAAUACUUGGAGUAUGACUCUGACGCGAUCAACAUUCUGACCGAGAUGUUUCACGACCAUGGUGACACAAUCGCUUUGCAGUACGGGGGCUCACAUCUGGUCAACACUCUGCAAACUUACAGAAAAAUCAACCAAUGGACUUCGCACUCGCGCGAUAUGAUUGAGAGUGUGAAACGGUUUUACAGUAACUCGUUUGUUGACGCCCAACGCCAGGAAGCCAUAAAUUUGUUUUUGGGUAAUUACGUCUACGAGAAAGGACUCCCAAUGCUUUGGGACUUGAACACUGAUUACUAUCUGCACAAUGACUAUUAUGGAGUUCUUCUGAAUUACAAACCAAGUUAUACACACUGGUAUUCAGACUGCCAUCUUGAGGACCCUGACUGCGGCAAGGAUGAUGGGCUUAUCGUGCCGAAAAUCGACCCUUAUCCAGGGUGUUUUGACAACUAUUGGAACAUAAAGUACGUUCCCCGGGAGCUAACUAGCUUCAGCCAACUGUUUGAAUUUAACAUGAAUUCAACUCUUAGAUUCAACGAGGAGCAACCAAAAGACGCUUCCUCCGUGGUUUCGACACAGUCAACAAUGAACAAGGUCAAAGAGACCAAGAAUAAAGCAAAGCAGCGGAUUCAGAAGCUAGCUUUGACAGAAAAAAAUAGCAUUUCCAACUUUUCGGAGUACGAAUAUGAGGGAUAUGUGUCGCCGUUCAAGUCCAGAAAGCCACACCGCGAACUGCCUUUCUUUAAUCUGGAAGAUAUGGAUAAUAACACGCAACCUCUCGAGUCCAUCCAGCCAGCGUCCGAAGAUCUUUUGGAGUUUUACCGUCAUCAGUUCGAGCAACUGAGGUUGUCGGACCAACAACGAGCAACUCGAAUCGACAAGAUCAACGAGGCAGUUGAGGACCACAUCCUUCCGAAAAAAGAUCUCCCAGUUGUUGACGUCACAACUAAUGAGCUUCUCGGUAUAUCGGAUAGUGAUUCACUAUUUGAUACGCUAAGUGUCGCGACGGGAAGCACCGAUUUCGAAGAGGCUUGCCAACAAUACUCCAAUCGAACUCCAGUGGUGUCCGCUGAAAAUCAGCAGUGCUAUGAGAAUUGUGUGAACCUCGAUUUGCGGAUAAACGAUGAGCUGACGUUUGAUGAUGUUUUGGAUACAAGCUCGAAAGUGGACUUUUAA